AUGAUUCUGCAAGAAGUGGUACUAUGUGCCACUGCACCCCAGGCCCUCGGUUCUGGCUCAGGCGCAAUCGUUCUCCAUGACGUACAGACUGGUACGUCGCUCGCAUCCUUCAAGCAAUCCAGCUCUGCACCGCACUGCACGUCAUUCGUCGAAACGCGCGAUGGUCAAGGAGGGUUCAUCCUCGCAGCACAACAAGACAAAUCCAUUUUAAAUGUCUACAACUUCCAAAAGGACCAACUUGCUUUCAAAAUAGUCCUUCCUGAGAGGCUUUCGUGUAUUGCGUUGGAUAAUGCGGGAAGCUUCUGCGCGGGAGGGACGGCCCAAGGUCGAAUAUAUUUGUGGGAGGUCGCGUCAGGCAUCUUGUACAACUCUUGGGACGCCCACUAUCGUCACGUUAAUGUCCUGAAAUUCACCCAUGACAGUGCUGCCCUUAUUUCAGGCAGCGAUGACUCUGGUGUUAGUGUUUGGUCUGUAGCAAGACUUGUCGACAAUGACACCCAAAAUGAACUUCCGACUCCAUAUUGUACACUAUCAGACCACACCCUACCAGUGAAAGAUAUCAUUUGCGGCCUUGGUGCAUUCCCUACUUGUCGUGUCCUUACCGCGUCCCUCGAUCAUAGUGUAAAAAUCUGGGAUCUAUCUUCUCAGUCGUUGUUGACUACCUUCCACUUCCCCAAACCCAUAUCAUCAGCAGUUUGGGACAUCACCGAACGCUCAUUUUUCGCUGCCUCACCGGAUGGCUCCAUAUACCAAGUCAACCUUUUUCGCCAGCGAACUGAAAAACACGCUGGCCAGACGAUCGAAGCUGUUGGAGGCGCAGGCGUCAGCGAUAUCAUCCGUGUCGCUGACGAAGACAGCAACAGUCGAAAACGACUCAUAUCAGUCGAUCAACCAAUAACAGUUCUCACCAUCUCCCUCACCAGCUCGCUUCUUCUCGUGGGUACCGCCACGGGGCUCAUCCACAUCUACGACAUUGCCUCCCACCAGCUCCUUCGUACCAUCUCGACGCACAAGGGCAUGUCAAUAUCCCAUCUCACGACUAUGCUCAAGCCGCCUGACCUUGUUGGACACAUCAGCUUGUCCCUCAACCUUGGAAGUUCCGCCGAUGCAAAAGACAUCAUUCCUAUCCGCUCUGUUGUCCCGUUUCACCGCAUGAAAGAUUCAAAGGCAAGGGAGGCGCACGAGGUGGCGAUGAUGCUUCCCGUGCAGGACGAGACCCCUGGAGGCAUACCAAGCGCUUACGACUACCCCGAAGCCGAUUUUCAACGGGACCAUGCGUUUUUCGUACAACCGAACGCGAUUGGCACCUCUGAGGCAUCGAGUGCGCGCGUUGCUGAGCUUGAAGCUGAGGUAGAGAACUUGAGAGAACAACUUGGGAAGGCAAAGGGGAUUAACGACGUGAUGUGGGAGACGGUUGUGCAGAAGAUCAUGACACAGGAAAAACAAAAGGCAGCUGUGGAAGGCCAGAAUGCCACUGUACCAGGUGAAGGCGAGAAUGAAAAUGAUGUAGAGAGGCCGAGAAAGAAAGGCAAGAAGACGGAAAGUAAGAAGUAAAUGAUCUUCCUACUCAAAUAAUUAUUCUAAUUUUCUUCAAGUUAACACAGGAAGGAUUCCCUGAUGAGAUCACGCAGUCUUCUGAUGGCCACGGUGAUUUUUUGCCGUGGGGUUUUGAAGCAGAUGCGACACACUGUCCAUUAGUCCCUGACUCACCGUGCCAACCAACGUUUAUCUAUCUACUGUUCUCCCGCGCCCAGUCACCUAUAAGCUCCUAUAGGUUGAUUGUAGUAGUCCGGACAAUGUAAUGGAGCCAUACGCGAAGUUCGACUAUAACAUGAGGACUCAUCUUUUCUGUUCUUUCGUCACUCAGCUUCCUUCUUGUUUAUUCACUUCUGCUAGGUUGUGUUAACGCUCUGAAUCAACGUCACUUGGCUGGACCUGUGUCUUGCUGGUAUCGGAGUAUAUCUGCUCGAUCAUGUGUUGAACAAGAAUCCUGCAUGAUGUCCCCAGGCCCCCGUGAGUAGC